GACGGCGCUGGAACCCAUGGACACGUCGUUCCCCCGCGAGGACCCCGGGCCCCCCACGCCGCGAAAGGCCGACGGCGCUGCCCCCACGGCCCUCACGCUGGGGACGCCGCGCCCCCCGCCCCGAGACCACUUGGUCUGGUCGGUCUUCAGCACCCUCUACCUGAACCUGUGCUGCCUGGGCUUGCUGGCGCUGGCCUACUCCGUCAAGGCCCGAGACCAGAAGGUGGCUGGGGACCUGGAGGCAGCCCGGCGUUUCGGCUCCAAGGCCAAGUGCUACAACAUCCUGGCGGCAAUGUGGACGCUGGUGCCGCCGCUGCUGCUCCUGGGGCUGGUGGUGACCGGUGCCCUGCACCUGGCCCGGCUGGCCAAGGACUCCGCUGCCUUCUUCAGCACCAAGUUUGACGACGGGGACUAUGACUGACAGGCUGGGUCCCGACCCUGUCCUGACCUGGGCCCGACCCCAGGACGCUGACCCGGGGUGCCGGCCCU